GUUCUGCUUUUGCCAAAGCCAAGCCUGAGUCUCCCUGGACGUCUCUGACCAGGAAGGGUCUCGUCAGGGUGGUGUUGUUCCCCUUCUUCUUCAGAUGGUGGAUCCAGGUCACCUCCAGAGCCAUCUUCCUCCUCCUCCUCCUCCUCUACCUGCUUCAAGUGGCUGCUGCAGCGUUAUUCUUCACCAUUCCCCAGCCCCACAGUAUCCCGACCACAGAGGUGUUUGGAGCGAUAUGGCUGAUGCUGUUACUGGGGACAGUGCACUGCCAGAUCGUCUCCACACGCACCCCUAAACCCACCAGCAGCAGCAGCUCUGGCAAGAGAAGAAGGCGUCUAAGGAAGGCAGCUCACUUGGAUGUACAUAGGGAAGGAGAUGGCUCUAGCACCACUGAUAACACCCGGGAGGGCGGCCCACACUGCCACGGUGCCGCCACCGGCUCACCUUACAGCCUGUUCAUCGCUCUCUUCAGAGAUUUCUGGCAUGAUAUCUGUAAAGCGCGGUCGAAGAAGUCCAAGCUGUCCAUAGACAAGUCCACAGAGACAGAUAAUGGCUAUGUGUCUCUGGAUGGGAGGAUAACCUGUAAGAGUAGUGAGGAGGGGCUACAGCUCCAUGAUGGAGGGUCUCACCACUGUGACCUGCUGCUGAGGUCAGACGAGACGUGUUGGACCGCACCCCCUCCUCUCAACACACUGCUGCUGCCCCCCGUCGCCAAGGUAAACAACAAGGAGACCCAGAGCCGUGGUGUGGGUGUGGAGAACAUGUCUGAUGAGGCGUCUAGUGAGGAGGAUCCUGAAGCGUCCUACACCGCCAUCCGUAGGGGCGUAGAGCGCGUCAGCAGCGACUGCACGCUGCGCAACAGGAAACCACAUCACUACAAGAAACACUACGCCAUCAACACUGAGGUGGGUGACCUCCACACUACCCAGGAGACUCCUAAGUCCGGUACCAGCUGUAGUUCUCGGUGCUCCAGCCUGCGGACCCAGGACUCAGAGAGCACCAGACACGAGUCAGAGACAGAGGACCUGCUGUGGGAGGACUUCCUGCACUGUGCUGAGUGUCGCUCCUCGUGCACCAGCGAGACAGAGGGAGAGGGAGCUGCAGUCUGCCCUGCUACCAAGAAGGAGUACAGAGAUGACCCCUUUCACCAGUUGUGUCCUCUACAGGGUCAUACGUGGCUACACAGCACCAACCCAGGUCUGGAGCGGGUCAGUGCCAUCGUCUGGGAGGGGAACGACUGUAAGAAGGCUGACAUGUCUGUCCUGGAGAUCAGCGGUAUGAUCAUGAACAGGGUCAACCUGUACACCCCAGGUAUUGGCUACCAGGUCUUUGGUAACCUGGUGUCAGUGACUCUGGGCCUGACGCCCUUCGCCUACAGGCUGUCUCAGUACAAGGACCUGGAACAGCUGACACAGCUCUCAGCCAAUGAGCUCAUCUCUGUGGCGUUCGGCUCCUCCUCCGACGUCAUGGUGAUCACCAUGGUAACGCUCAGCUUCAUGGUGCGCGUCUGUCUCAUCUGGCUCUUCUUCUUCCUGCUCAGCGUGGCCGAGAGGACAUACAAACAGAGGCUGCUAUUCGCCAAGCUGUUUGGUCACCUGACGUCGGCACGGCGAGCCAGGAAGUCAGAGGUGCCUCACUUCCGUCUGAAGAAAGUCCAGAACAUUAAGAUGUGGCUCUCUCUGCGCUCAUAUCUCAAGAGAAGGGGUCCUCAGCGGUCGGUGGAUGUGAUCGUGUCCUCUGCCUUCCUCCUCACCCUCUCCGUAGUCUUCAUCUGCUGUGCUCAGGUCAGCUUGCUCCAUAUCCACCACACCUUCCUGGAGUGUCACUAUAACUGGGAGCUGGUGAUCUGGUGUUCCUCUCUGUCUCUCUUCCUGCUCCGCUUUGUUACCCUGGGCUCAGAGACCAGCAAGAAGUACAGCAACACCUCCAUCUUACUGACAGAACAGAUUAAUCUGUACCUGAAGAUGGAGAAGAAACCAAACAAGAAGGAGGAUUUGACAUUAGUCAACAACGUACUGAAGCUGGCCACCAAGCUAUUGAAGGAGUUGGAUGCUCCGUUCAGGCUGUAUGGUCUGACGAUGAACCCUCUGCUCUACAACAUCACCCAGGUGGUCAUCCUGUCUGCUGUGUCUGGGGUCAUCAGUGACCUACUGGGCUUCAACCUGAAGCUCUGGAAGAUCAAAUCAUGACAGUAAGCUGAUCAGGUCACCGCUGGCUCUGGAAGAUGUGAUACAUUCUCUCACCACACAGGGGCGCUGUUGUCCUUUCGCUCACGGACUGACUGGGCUUCCCUGUAACUAUGGUCUGACGGACAAACAGCCCCAUUCUCAGAGUUCAUAACGGGGUGCUUACAUUUCACUUGUGCAAUUCAAGAUAUAUUUAUUUUACCCUUUCAGUAUUUUUUAUUUUUGUUGUUGAAAAAGUUACAAAAUGUUAUUUUAAGCUAUACAGGUUUUGUGUUCUCAGAGGGAUGGGAUCAAAACACAGCAAGAUGACAAUUCAGUUAAAAAGGUAAAAGAGUUCCAUCCCUUCAGACUAGUAAGGACAAUGUGCAUUAUAAUGCAGCUGUUUUAGUUUGUAGACUGUGACACACAAACACAGUCAUUUCACUGUGAGAACUGCAACGAGUAGUUGUUUCCGAUCAUAGACGGACUGUAAUAAUAAUAAUGUGUUUUAAAGCCGACAUGCACACAAACAGGUUGUACUUUCUGGUCAAUUCCAUGUAGGCUUUUUUGUUGUUGCUUUUGACGACAACAACAGUUCACCAACGUUCAGAAUAGAUGAACAACGUUUCUGUGCGUUUGGCGUUUCUAAUGAUAAGCUAAGUGACGGCUGUAGUGGAGAGAUAGAGGCAGGAUAAAACACAACACAUCACUCAAAUGAUUGGUGAGAAAAUAUGUGAGGUACUGUACUGGCUAGAUGGGAGGUACUGUACUGGCUAGAUGGGAGGUACUGUACUGGCUAGAUGGGAGGUACUGUACUGGCUAGAUGGGAGGUACUGUACUGUACUGGCUAGAUGGGAGGUACUGUACUGUACUGGCUAGAUGGGAGGUACUGUACUGUACUGGCUAGAUGGGAGGUACUGUACUGUACUGGCUAGAUGGGAGGUACUGUACUGGCUAGAUGGGAGGUACUGUACUGGCUAGAUGGGAGGUACUGUACUGUACUGGCUAGAUGGGAGGUACUGUACUGGCUAGAUGGGAGGUACUGUACUGGCUAGAUGGGAGGUACUGUACUGGCUAGAUGGGAGGUACUGUACUGAUUAGAUGGGAGGUACUGUACUGGCUGGAUGGGAGGUACUGUACUGGCUAGAUGGGAGGUACUGUACUGGCUAGAUGGGAGGUACUGUACUGUCCUGGCUAGAUGGGAGGUACUGUACUGUCCUGGCUAGAUGGGAGGUACUGUACUGUCCUGGCUAGAUGGGAGGUACUGUACUGGCUAGAUGGGAGGUACUGUACUGGCUAGAUGGGAGGUACUGUACUGGCUAGAUGGGAGGUACUGUACUGGCUAGAUGGGAGGUACUGUACUGGCUAGAUGGGAGGUACUGUACUGGCUAGAUGGGAGGUACUGUACUGUACUGGCUAGAUGGGAGGUACUGUACUGGCUAGAUGGUAGGUACUGUACUGGCUAGAUGGGAGGUACUGUACUGGCUAGAUGGGAGGUACUGUACUGGCUAGAUGGGAGGUACUGUACUGGCUAGAUGGUAGGUACUGUACUGGCUAGAUGGUAGGUACUGUACUGUACUGGCUAGAUGGGAGGUACUGUACUGGCUAGAUGGGAGGUACUGUACUGGCUAGAUGGGAGGUACUGUACUGUAUUGGCUAGAUGGGAGGUACUGUACUGUAUUGGCUAGAUGGGAGGUACUGUACUGGCUAGAUGGGAGGUACUGUACUGGCUAGAUGGGAGGUACAGUACUGUACUGGCUAGAUGGGAGGUACUGUACUGUAUUGGCUAGAUGGGAGGUACUGUACUGGCUAGAUGGGAGGUACUGUACUGGCUAGAUGAGAGGUACUGUACUGGCUAGAUGAGAGGUACUGUACUGGCUAGAUGAGAGGUACAGUACUGGCUAGAUGAGAGGUACAGUACUGUAUUGGCUAGAAGGGAUGUACUGUACUGGCUGGGAAUAUGUAAACCUAGCCAACAUAUCUGGGUUAGUAUUCUAUAUGUGAAAUUGAGACAUCCAGGCCCGCUAGCAAAACGGUGUGUGGCUGAACAUUGUUAACUAUGUUACUCGUAUAAUGAUCAUUUGGGGGGAGGUGUUUAUGUUUGUCCUGGUACACACUUGUACAAGUCUGUAAUGGAAAUGUGUUUCUUACAUACUGAGACCCUGAGGGAGUGGGGUCGCGACCUUUUAUGGUGAUACCAUUCAGUAUUGGCUUCUGUACUCCCAACCCUAUUUUGUAAACCAGACACAGUGACGUGUGCAGUCUGGUUGAAAUACUGCUAUUCAGGCCUGUGAGCCGUCAUCACAACCUCGUCAACAUGUUGCUUUUUCUCGCCCUCCUUCCCUCGUUUACUGUUUUACGUUGCAGCCGUCAUCACAACCUCGUCAACAUGUUGCUUUUUCUCGCCCUCCUUCCCUCGUUUACUGUUUUACGUUGCAGCCGUCAUCACAACCUCGUCAACAUGUUGCUUUUUCUCGCCCUCCUUCCCUCGUUUACUGUUUUACGUUGCAGCCGUCAUCACAACCUCGUCAACAUGUUGCUUUUUCUCGCCCUCCUUCCCUUGUUUACUGUUUUACGUUGCAGCCGUCAUCACAACCUCGUCAACAUGUUGCUUUUUCUCGCCCUCCUUCCCUCGUUUACUGUUUUACGUUACGUGGUUUUCUCACAGCGCAUUUGAGUUAAUUCAAUGGUUAGACUGUAUUUCAAGCAAUAACUCGUAGCGCAACACACAACGUGUUUGUAUUAUAGUUGGAACGAAGAGGUCCCAGGUCUUAGUCGCUGUUCACACAGUCGAUGUUCGUCGCUACAGUUCGGAAUGCCUGAACAUGUGCACUUUAAAGUAGUGUACGGAAACAAUGUUACGUGUUUCAAUGUCACACAAACCAUUGUAGUUGUUAUUGCUUUGGUACUUUUUGCCGUGGCUCAGUCUGUGUGAAGAUGACCAAAGUGCUUUUUAUUUGCUGGAUAAAACUGUAUUAUUAACACAAAAUAACUGUUUCGGUUUCAUAUUAUUGGAAAUGCUUUAAGAAAACAUGGUGUUGCCUCAUCUUUUCCUUUGUUGAUGUUGUGAAGAUUGUCCCUCAUGUUUUGUGGUUGCGAGAGAAAAGACACAAUUUGCAGUCACUUGAGUCUGAAAAAAAUGUAUUUACAAAAUGACUCUGAACCUGUCUGAAAUGCCAUCCUGAUCCCUAGUGCACCAGAGCCCUGGUCAAAAGUAGUGCACUACGUAGGGAAUAGGGUGACAUUUCCGACGCACACUUGUUUGCGUUGUGAUUCCGUUUUCAAAGGAAGUCUGCAUAUUUAUGUUGAAGAGAAGAACAACUUUUAGUGAGCUGGUCUGUUUCCUCAGUUCUAGGUGUUUAUAAGGAAAAUAAAAAUGGACACUGUGUCACUCAA